AACUCCUUAAGAUAAUUACAUCAAUUUGUAAUGCAAUUUGUAUUUACGUUUUCUUUUAUUAUUCAACAGUUGUCGCAGGCUCAGGAAGGGGUGGGCAGGGAGCUGCAAAAGUUGGACACGGCGAAGGAGGAUUGCAUCGAACAGAUAAACUCGGUAUUCCAACAGGUGCAGGCGUUGGUGGAUAGAAGGAAGCAGGAGAUGAUCGACGCAGUGACGACGGCCUGCAUUGAAAAGCGGAAGGUGCUUGAGGAACAGCACGCGCUCAUUCAGUGCGAGAAGAACAAGGUGCAGCAGGAAUGCGAGGGUUUGCAGUAUCAGGUGGAGGUACGCAAUAUUACUCAACGCAUCGAGAGCCUCACGGAGAAGCUGGACGCUGCGUCGACGCUGGGCGAGCCAAGGGAGAACGCCUUCCUCACGUGCGACUUUACUCAGAGCGACAGCCUGCAGAGCAUCGAACAGAGUCUGGGUAAAUUGGGUAAGGUGCGUACCAGCACAACGUUCCCGUCUCUGUGCAGAGCCCAAAUGGAGGAGGAGAGCAUCGCCGGCAUCGAGAACAGCGUUCUACUGACGACCGUCGAUUACCACGGCCAGGAGAGGCAGAACGGCGGCGAUCCGGUGCAGGCGGAAGUGCUACCGGUGAGCGUAACCGCCGCCGCCGCAGUUGACGUCGUCUCCGUGGAGGUGCCGAGCACGGUCACAGAUUGCGAGGACGGCACGUACAGGAUUAGCUUCAGGGCGCCUAGAGCUGGACGCUACGGCGUUCGCAUCUCCGUCUUCGAUCGACCGAUCAAGGACGUUCCUCUCUUCUUCGACGUAUCCGAGCACAACAAUCCGGUGAACACGUACGGAUCUCGCGGCAGCGGAAAGGACGACUUCAUGCAACCGGUGGGCGUUGCCGUCGACGAAUCCAAAGAGGAGAUUUACGUCCUCGACACUGGCAACUCGCGCAUCAAAGUACUUAAUUACGACCUGCAGGUUAUAAAGCACAUCACCAACGAGGGAUUGUCAGGAAGAAGCUGCACCGGAAUUGCCGUUUCGAAUAAUGGUCUGGUCGUGGUCAACUGGAGGACUCGGACGGUCACCGAGAUGACGACGAGCGGACAGACGGUGAUGACGUUCACGUACAACGCUUUCCAGGAGCCGAUCAAUGUGGCCGUGGACAAGUGUUACGGGCACAUCCUGAUCGCCGACAACGGCAUGAACUGCGUCUACGUCUUUGACGGUGACGGAAAGAUUCUCUUCCAGGUGGGUGGUGGUGGAGGAAAGAAGGGCACGUUCAGUCUGAUCACUUCGGUGACGGUCGGACCGGGCGGCGAGAUCGUCGUCGCCGACUCCCGCAUCCAGGUGUUCUCGGCGAAGGGCGACUUCGUGUCGGUGCUGCACGACGAAGGCAGAGGCAAGGGCAGAUACGGCGGCAUCACCGUCGACUCGGACAACAGGAUAUUGGCGAGCCGGAGCGAGCAGAAGGGACGCAACUUCGUGCAGAUCCUCUCCUUGGUCGACGCCAAUCUCAGCAACACGAUCGAUUCGCACGACAGCAAACUGAAGAGGCCGAGCGGCAUCGCCGUCACCAACGAUCGUCACGUCAUCGUCGUCGAUCUGGGAAACAAUUGCAUCAAAAAGUAUCGCUACUGGUAGAUUGGAGCAACUUCACACAAUGAAUGAAAGAAAGAAGAAAGGAAG